UGUCGGCUGGCCGUGUGUGGAGUUUGGGAGAGUCUGAGGGAGAUGCUAUAGUGAGGCUGACAGAGGCACGCUACAGAGGGCAAACACUCAGGGCUGACUGACUCCAGCAUCCUCGGCACUAACCAGCAGACUGUUCCUAACCUGUGUGGCAGCAUUCAUAACACAAACAGAUGAUGCAGACCCACAAGCUCCCUGGUCCUGUGGUCUGCCUGUGUACGCUGGUGCUGCUCUGCAUGGGCACAGCGUCUGAGCCCUACACACCCCCCUACUCCGACAGUGACCCGGAGAGAUACGACCACAGGGCGAGCCACCACCCCAGGGACUACCACAGAGACGCCAGCGAGGUGAAGAGAGUGGAGUGCCGACGUUGCUGUGACCCAGAGGAGGAAGGGCCCACGUAUCCGCACCCCGCCCCACAGUACCAGGUCGUACCGCACAUUAACAUCACUAUAUUGAAAGGUGAGAAGGGGGACAGCGGCCUGAGGGGGCCGUAUGGGAAAGCAGGAAAAGCGGGAAAGGCGGGGCCGCGGGGUGUGCAUGGAAUGAAGGGCAGCAAGGGCACCAUGGGGCCCACGGGGGACCCCUGCAAGUCCUACUACGCCGCCUUCUCCGUGGGCCGCAAGAAGGCCCUGCACAGCAACGAGUACUACCAGACACUGGUCUUCGACACAGAGUUCGUCAACCUGUACAACCACUUCAACAUGUUCACCGGAAAGUUCUUCUGCUACGUGCCCGGCAUCUACUUCUUCAGCCUCAACGUGCACACCUGGAACCAGAAGGAGACGUACAUGCACGUGAUGAAGAACGAGGAGGAGAUGGUGAUCCUGUACGCCCAGCCCAGCGACCGCAGCGUCAUGCAGAGCCAGAGCUUCAUGCUGGACCUGCAGCAGAACGACGAGGUGUGGGUGCGCCUGUUCAAGGGCGAGAGGGAGAACGCCGUCUUCAGCGACGACUAUGACACUUACAUCACCUUCAGCGGGUACCUGGUGAAAGCCACCAGCGAGGGCUAGUCUCCAUCACUUCCUGUGAGCUCACUCCUCUUUUCAGUUAUUGCUUUAUGUUUUCACUUUAGUAUUUUGUACUUUCCUUUCCUGUUUAUGAGUCCUUAUAACUGUUUAUUUACGAUCGAUUGUAUGUUGCGUAAUCACUGCCAAGUAUAUUGCUGAGAGAGGUUUUCAUAUUUUUCAGAAAAGAAAAAACAGACCAAAAAAAUGUUGCUGGAAAAGCCAUAUGCAAUUUACCACUGCACUGCUUGCAUUAAUUCUGUAUCAAUUUCCCCAAGGGAUAAAUAGCAUUUUGAGCCAGUGCAAAUUUCUUUUUUUAAUAAAUGGAUUAAUAAAGAUUGAUACUGGUAGUUUAAAAAACCGAAGAGUAAACUAAGGCCAGUAAAUACCAGACCUCUGAAGACAACACACACCUUGUGUGCCAAACAAAGGCUUUAUAAAAUCUGCCUUGAAAUACUGGAAAGGCCUAAGGGGCUUUUCUUAAAAAUAUGACUGCAACAGACUCCUGCCAGCUGCACAUUCUGAAAUAACACAGGAACGUGCUUCUGGCAAGACAUGACAAUAUUCCAAUCCAAACAUCCAUUAUACACCCAGAGCUCUCUCUUUUUAGAUUUUCUUAAUAAAUUCUAAUUUAAAUGUUUUUAUUUAUGGAAUAACUAAAUAAACUUGACUUUAAUAAUUAAAAGAAGUCAAAUAAGAAAAAUGUUAUUUUUUGUUACUCCAGAAAAAUGCUUGUUAAAUUAAAAAUUAUUUAUGUUUAAGAAUAGCCUAUAUGUUCUACUUUCAGAACUAAUCUGCUUACUCAAACAUACUUUAGAUUAAAAGUCUAAAGAUCAAUUUUUCUUUUUGCAGAAUACAAAAAAACCCAAAACAUUCAUACACAUGAAACUGGCAAUGUUUGCACUCAACAGUUUAUCUCUCUCUCUCUCUCUCUCUCUCUCACUCUCUCUGCAUCUCUCUCUCUCUCUCUCUCUCUCUCUCUCUCUCUCUCUCUCUCUCUCUCUCUCUCUCUCUCUCUCUCUCUCUCACACACACACACACACACACACACACACACACACAAACACACACAAUGUAUAUUCCUGAUGUUCAGACGAGAAGGAGAGAAGGAGCAUACAAAACUCUCACCACUCAGAGCAUAGUCUUGUGCUUUGUGAUGUUCAGUAAACGGAUUGAGCUUCAUUUUCACUAAAAAAGGCUUCACUUUGCCAGUGCAAAAUGUAUUUAUUAAAGGGAUAUCAAACUGAAAACCAGAACAACUGCAGUUUCUGCUUCAUGGUGUUGCAGCCACAAAUCAUUGAUUGGCUCCAGUCCACACACCUGAUACUGAAGGCCAAAAUUGGCUGCUUAUUCAAAAGAAACCGGUGGCCCACCAAGACUGCUUGAGAUUUGAGUUGAGUUUGAGAUCUCUGUUUUAGACUUUAAAGGAACAAUGGCAUGGAUCUCUAUCUGCUGUGACAUUAUGGUACAUAAUGUCGUAUCUCCUGGUACAUUAUGACUGGAAUGGUUUUCAUGACAUGGUGUUAGCUGGACCACGUUACAAUUCUGGUACGAUUUUGUGUAAAUGUUAUUUGAAUCCAAAUAUUUUUCUUUAGAUGUUUUAUAAAAAGAUGGUGCUUUUAAUAGAAAAAGAAACUUUGUUAUUUGAUAUAAUGGUGCUAAUAAAUAAUAGGACCUAGUUUUGUAGUUAUAAAUUCAUACAUGCAUAUUUGUAUGUACUUUAAAUUUUUUUACAAAGUAUCAAUGCACCCACAGGGAUACUUCUUACAUGAUGUGAAUGAUGUGUUCACAGCAGAAAUCAUGUAAACAAAUUAGAACUCAAAAUAUACAUGAUAAUACAUUGCAGACAACUAAUGGGAAUUAAUUAUCUGGAGUCAACAUAUUUAAACAAACAAAAACAAAAGACUCAGCUGGACAGCCUAGUCUUAAUCAGUCCAAGACAAACUUUCCUUUCCGUUUUAGCGUGUGGCAUUUAAGAAGUAAACCCUGGGUUAUUAUUUCUUGAUGGAUAUGUUCAGAUGGGUUCAUUGAAUCAGAUGAAUCUUUUCCAAAGCUAACUGCUGGUCUAAUAGGCCAGGGAUCUGCCUCAGCAGAAGCCCAAAGUCAGGACGUCAGGAAGUGCUUUUAUUGUCAACAGCUGUAAAUGUUUUUGUUUUUAAUAAAUACAUAUUCUUAUAAAAUAUCUGACAUCAUUCUUUUCUGCUGGUCAGUCAAAUAGGGAGGGUUUUUUUAAAUGACUUGGAACUUGGUACAGACCUUAAUGAAUGAGUGUGUUAAUGAACAGUAAUAAAUGGCUGAAUUGUGA